GAGAGGGAGAGAGUCACUCGCCAUUAAAAACCUCUCCUUGCUGUCCGGCUUCUUCAUCACGCCACCCGUCGUCGCGAGUCCUCCAUUUCCUUCUUCACAUUCCCAAAUUCCAAAACUGGUUUUUUUAAAACAUCUUUGGCAGCUCGUGACUUUGCGCUGGUUUGAGUUUCAUCGGCGAUAGGAAUUCUAUGGCUUUAAGUAACUCAUUUGUGGAUCUGCAUUGCUAAUAAGGACUGGCUGUUAUUUUUGCAUUUUGAAGCUGCAUAAAACACCACGCUUUCUGUCAUGGAAGGAGGCAUAGCUGAGGAAGACUGUGAUGAAUAUGAUAAGCUUCUUGGUGGAAAAAUUCCCAAUACAAGUUAUGGGAAUUCUCUUACUGUGCAUCAUAGGCUCAUUGUUCCUUUCCAGGGGUUGGAUAUAAUCUCCUUAGAGUUAGAGAAGGAAUCUCCUUGCAGAAAAGAUACUAAACUUUUUUCUCCUAGAAGCAAGUCUCUUAAUCUUUAUAAAUCUCCUCUGCCUGCUACACAGCAAGAGAACAUGUCGAUUUAUCCUGAUGAUAAAAAACUCCAAGAAAAAGGAACUAAUUGCAAAAUUUCUGAGAUGAUUGCUGGGCAAGAUAAUUCCAAUUUGCCAGAUGACAAUUCCCUCACAAUGUCAUUCGACGAAAUGAGAAUCAAAGAGAAUAUAGCCAUGAUACUAAGUUCUUCAACGCCAGCUAACCAGAACUCUUCCGAAAUCACUUGCUUGCCGAAUGGGCAGUCAGCCAAUCACCUAAGCAAAUCUCUCUUUGGAUAUGAUAUGUUAGACAUGAAUUUUCCACCUCUAUCCAGAACCGUUAAUGGUGUUACUUUACCAAGUAUUGAACUUGAAUCACAGUCUCCAAUACUGCAAAGAACUGGAUUUGUCAAUCUGAGUUAUGGAAAUGAUUGUCGGCGUAAUCCGAAGUUAUUUAAACCAGAUGGUUAUGAACCAAAGCCAAUAUCAGAGAUUGUAUUUGGCAGCUUCUCUGAAAGAUAUGUUCAAUUCAAUUCACAGUAUUUAUAUGCUGAAAACUUGCAAAAUUACAGUCCUGAAGCCAUUCAAGUUCAAAAGAUUAUGAAUUUGGGUAUGAGGCCUUUAAAUGGGAAUAAAGUGCACCAAUGCGUUGAGUUUCCUAUCCCUCGCCGGUUUGAACAGUGUUAUCAAAAUCCAUAUAUGAAUGCCAGUGUACUUGAUUAUAAAUCUAAUCAGUUGAAUUAUUGUCAAUAUCAACAUUGGGGAUCAUCAGGUAGGGUUGAGAACUCCUCAUCUUCACAUGGAGAAAAAUUAUUAUCUAGUAAUGGUUCAACUUGUUCUGUCAAAGAUUUCCAUGGUCAACAAAUUUUUGAUAGAGUUGUGAAGAAAUCCUUUCCUGAAAAGAUUUUGAGAAGGUCUCAUGGAGCAGACACAGUUGCGAUUCCUAGGCCUAAUCCUCUCACAACUGAUCAAUCAUUGCAUUUAAAUGAAAAAAAUGUGAGAUUGUCUGAUUGCCAUACCCAUCAGCCUUGUUGUCUGAGUAAUGGAUUCUUGCGAUUAGACAAUCAGAACCAUAGAUAUUCACCUCCUGUUGGCUUUGAUCCCAGGCUUUCCUUACAGCCAAUGCAGAUAAAAUAUAAUUCUGUGGAUGAUGUCAUUGGGAGGGUAUAUUUGAUGGCAAAGAAUCAGCAUGGAUGCCGCUUUCUGCAGAAAAAACUCACUCAAUGUAGUCAGGAAGACAUUGAUGAGAUCCUUUUCGAGAUCAUUUGCCACAUUGUUGAACUUAUCACUCAUCCUUUUGGGAAUUAUUUUGUUCAGAAGCUUCUAGAAUUAUGUAAUGAGGUACAAAUGACACUCAUACUCAAGGUCAUUACUCGAACAACUGGUGAACUGUUUAGAAUGUCUUGUGAUAUGCAUGGAACUCGUGCUGUGCAGAAACUAAUUGAAACUCUGAAGACCCCAGAGCAUGCUUCCUUCGUUUUGUCAUCUUUAGAGCCAUACAUAGUUUCAUUAAUGAAAAACAUCAAUGGAAAUCAUGUUGCACAGCGGUGCUUUCAGUAUCUUUCUAAAUAUAGCAUGAAUCUUAUGGACGCAGUAAUCUCUCAUUGUAUUGAGUUGGCCAAAGAUCGUCAAGGCUGUUGUGUGCUUCAAACUUGUCUCAAACAUUCAGAUGGUGAUCAAAAGAAGAGACUUAUGACCAAGAUCUCAUCCUACUCCCUUCUCCUUUCUAAAGAUCCAUAUGGGAAUUAUGUAGUUCAAUUUGUUCUUGAUCUGAAAGACCCACGGACUAUUGCUGCUGUACUGAAUCAGCUAAAGGGCAAUUAUGAGCAUCUAUCAAUGCAGAAGUACGGAAGCAAUGUGGUUGAAAAAUGCCUCAAAUUUUCUGGAGAGAAUAAUUGUGUUCAAAUUAUUGAGGAACUAAUGAACUCUCCUCGACUAAGGCAGAUACUGCAAGAUAAAUACGGUAACUAUGUAAUGCAAUCAGCUCUCAGUGAAUCCAAGAUGUACAGAGAUCUUCACGUUGCUCUGGUAGCGACUAUCAAACGCCAUGAUUGGGCGCUCCGCAAUAGCCCUUAUGGGAAGAAAGUUCUUUCAAGAGCCUCAUUCUCUGAUGAGAUUUUAUCAAUCCCAAGCGUCCUUGUCCAUCCUGCCAAUUCGUACUUCACAGCCGCUUUCACUAAUCUCUUCUUCCCCGUCGCAUUCGAUGUUCAAGACGUCGCCGCCUUCGUCUUCGCAGCCCUCUUCUACCUAGUCGCAUUCAACGUUCAAGAAUCGCUCUUAGUUCGCACUUCACAGCCUUCUCGCAAGUCACGAUUAUACGUUCUCCAACACACACCAUUAUAUUCUACAACUGCUUUUCCUGAUAGCUGCAAGGGGCCAUUUGGUGUGAUUGUAGCUGUUUAA